AUGCGUAAUGGUCAAGGAAAAGAAGUUGCAUCAGCAAGUGUAAUGAUUAAAAAAUAUGUAAAAUUGGAUCCAGAUGAUGAGUUCAAUUCACAAACAUUAAUUAAACGACAUGGUGAACAAUUAAAAAAUAAACAUAAACCUUCAAAAUGGUGUCGAUUACAUAUAACAAAUGAUGAAUUAUGGUUAUCUGGUGCUUAUUGGUGGCCUAAUUCUAUAUUGAAUGGUAUUCAUUUAAGUGAAAUCAAUUGUUUAGUAAAAUUUUAUUCAACACCUAAUCUAUUAGCUAUAGGUAUAGCUUCACGUUUGUAUGAAUCUGAAAAACAAUAUGUUAUACUCUGUACAAAAAGUGGUUCAGAUCGUGAACAAUUAGUAAAAACUUUAACUACACUUUGUGGAAAUCGAUAUACACAAUCAGAAAAAAGAUUUAAUGUUCCAGUUGUUGGACCUACUGUUAACAUAGUUGAAAUUUCAUUAUCACCCGAUUUAAAAAAAUCAGUUCCUGUAGGAAAAUCAAUAGAAAUUAAUCAUGAGCCUAGUAUACAUCCAAUAUCAUGUAAUAAUCCUGAACCAUAUAUAAAAGAAACGACAAUCAAAAUUGAAAGACAUCCUUCACCUAAUCUUAUAUCAACAGCAUCAUUUUCACCUGAUCAUAUAACUACUAAUGUGACUGUUCCUGCUAAUAAUACUACUACUGUUAGUACUUGUACUACUACUUCUAAUACUAUAACUAAUAUUAAUUACAAUGAUGCUAUCGUUAACCAUGAUGUUCACUAUAAUGACUGUGAUACUAUCAAUGCACCAUGUACUAUAUCACCAACACAAAAAAUAUAUCAAGAAAUUCAAUUGACUUCAAAUGAUAAUAUGAGACCAUAUCGAUUGAAACGUUUUAUGGCACCUUAUUGUGAAGGAUUAGAGUCUGGUUUAAAUCCGAAAGAUUUAAUACAUGUUUAUUAUGAUCCAAAACAAGGAAAUAUUAUUUCACCAGAUGGACCAAUUUAUUUAUAUUGUGUCAAUUGUCCUACUGAAUAA